AUGGCUGGCGCGCGGGGCGCGGGGCGCACGGUGGCGGCGGCGACAGUGACGCGGCCCGGAAAGCGGCCGCCGGAGCUGGAGCCGGAGCUGGAGCUGGAGGAGCCCUCUCUCCUCAGCGCGCCGGUCCCCACCCGCAUGCUUGGCAGUGAUCCUGGCCUCACCGACAGCGACAGCGAGGAGAGUGUGUUCUCAGGCCUGGAAGAGUCCGGCAGCGACAGCACUGAGGAGGACGCUGCCUUGGAGGAGGAGGGGGCGGGCACCAGCAAGCAGCGCAGCAGGAUGGACAGGAGCCCUGGGCAGCAGGCCAGGACCCCCUGCCCACGGACGGAGGUGGCAAGUGUGCCGGGUGAGGACGAGUAUGCGGAGGACAGCUCCGACGAGGAGGACAUCCGGAACACGGUGGGCAAUGUGCCCUUGGAGUGGUACGAUGACUUCCCCCAUGUGGGCUACGACCUGGACGGCCGGCGCAUCUAUAAGCCCCUGCGCACCCGGGACGAGCUGGACCAGUUUCUGGACAAGAUGGACGACCCUGACUACUGGCGCACGGUGCGGGACCAGAUGACGGGACACAGGGUGCAGCUGACGGAUGAGCAGGUGGCCCUGGUGCAGCGGCUGCAGAGGGGCCAGUUUGGGGACGUGAGCUUCGAUCCCUACGAGCCAGCUGUAGACUUCUUCAGUGGGGACCUAAUGAUCCACCCAGUGACCAACCGGCCUGCAGACAAGCGCAGCUUCAUCCCUUCCCUGGUGGAGAAGGAGAAGGUCUCCCGCAUGGUGCACGCCAUCAAGAUGGGAUGGAUCCAGCCUCGCCGGCCUCGGGACCACACUCCCAGCUUCUAUGACCUGUGGGCCCAGGAGGAUCCCAAUGCGGUGCUGGGUCGCCAUAAGAUGCACGUUCCUGCUCCCAAGCUGGCUCUGCCCGGCCACUCAGAGUCCUACAACCCGCCUCCCGAGUACCUGCCCAGCGAGGAGGAGCGCCUGGCCUGGGAGCAGCAGGAGCCUGAUGAGAGGAAGCUCGGCUUCUUGCCGCGCCGGUUCCCGAGCCUGCGGGCCGUGCCUGCCUACGGCCGCUUCAUCCAGGAGCGCUUCGAGCGUUGCCUGGACCUCUACCUGUGCCCACGGCAGCGCAAGAUGAGGGUGAAUGUGGACCCUGAAGACCUCAUCCCCAAGCUGCCCCGGCCACGGGACCUGCAGCCUUUCCCCACGUGCCAAGCCUUGGUCUACAGGGGCCAUAAUGAUCUUGUCCGCUGCCUCAGCGUCUCCCCAGAUGGCCAGUGGUUGGCAUCAGGUUCAGAUGAUGGCUCGGUGCGACUCUGGGAGGUUGCCACUGCCCGCUGCAUGAGGACCGUGCCCGUGGGCGGUGUGGUGAAGAGUGUCGCCUGGAACCCUCACCCCACCAUCUGCCUGGUGGCCGUGGCAGUGGAGGACACAGUGCUGCUGCUGAACCCGGCCUUGGGGGACCGGCUGGUGGUGGGCAGCACGGACCAACUGCUGAGCGCCUUCACCCCACCCUUGGAGGCCGCCUCACAGCCCGCGUACUGGCUGGAAGCCUCCGAGGAGGAGCGCCAGGGCAGCCUGCGCCUACGCAUCCACCACGGGAAGCCAGUGACGCAGGUGACCUGGCACGGCCGCGGGGACUACCUGGCCGUCGUGCUGGCCACUCCGGGCCACACCCAGGUGCUGAUCCACCAGCUGAGCCGGCGCCGCAGCCAGAGCCCCUUCCGCCGCAGCCAUGGCCAGGUGCAGGGUGUAGCCUUCCACCCGACGCGGCCCUUCCUGCUCGUGGCUUCCCAGCGCUGCGUCCGCCUUUACCACCUGCUGCGCCAGGAGCUCACCAAAAAGCUGAUGCCCAACUGCAAGUGGGUGUCUAGCCUGGCGGUGCACCCAGCAGGUGACAACGUCAUCUGCGGCAGCUAUGACAGCAAGCUCGUGUGGUUUGACAUGGAUCUCUCCACCAAGCCGUACAGAGUGCUAAGGCAUCACAAGAAGGCCCUCCGGGCCGUGGCUUUCCACCCCCGGUACCCGCUCUUCGCGUCUGGCUCUGAUGACGGCAGUGUCAUCGUCUGCCACGGGAUGGUGUACAACGACCUGCUGCAGAACCCGCUGCUGGUGCCCGUGAAGGUGCUCAAGGGGCACACCCUGACCAGAGACCUGGGGGUGCUGGAUGUGGCCUUCCACCCCACCCAACCUUGGGUCUUCUCCUCUGGGGCUGACGGCACUCUCCGCCUCUUCACUUAGACGCCCUGCCUCCGGGGCGGGGCAUUGGGGGUGUGCACAAUACAAAAAUUUCUCCUGCUGGGUAA